AGUCUCUGGAUAUAUUUGAUGAAAGGCGAGUAGCUUAAUUAUCGAGGAUAGGAUUUGAGCCCCAAGGGAGAUUGUAUUUGGGUAAGAAAGAGCUUAUUUUAUUUUCCUUCCAUCAAUUGUCGACAAUCUGAACAUGUCGGGAACUACUGUAGUGUCAUAUCCCGGAAAUAGAACAUAUUCCUGCAAAUAUCCAUCUUGUCGAAAUGCUUUUUAUUCCCAUGUGCCAGCAGGAUAUAUCCAGAAAAAAUUUUUUCGAUUUCCCAAAGAUAACUGCAGAUUGAAACUCUGGAAAAAAAUUUGUAAAUUAAGCCCAAGCAUAAAUUGUUUGCAUUUUCGGAUCUGCGAAGAUCAUUUUUUAUUGUCUGAUUUUAAUAACCCUAAAGAUCCCCGCCGAUUAAAUUGGAAAGCUGUUCCUCGGUCACCAGCGUAGCUGAUACUCAUGAUGAGCACUGCUAUGCCAACAAACUUCAGGAUGAAGUUGUUCCUUCUGAUAUUGCUUCUUCCAACUGUCUUACAAGUAUUCCUACAUCUGACCAAUAUGAUACUCAUGAUGAGCACUGCUAUGCCAACAAACUUCAGGAUGAAGUUGUUCCUUCUGAUAUUGCUUCUUCCAACUGUCCUACAAGUAUUCCUACAUCUAUGUUAUGCCCCUCCAUUUCUGUCAAUCAUCUUUUGUCUGAUUUUACUGGAUAUGACACUACUGUAGAACCUAACGUGUUUCCAAGUACCGAUUUGGAGAACCCCGUAUCAGAUUCAGUAGGAAGUUCUAGUUAUUCUGAAACAGCUACCGAUUACACAGAUAAAUAUUCAUUUUUGACGGAAAAUAAAACAGGAAUUUUGAGUAAGUCUGGGCUGAGUAGAUCAGAAUUAACACCUCAACAGGAUAGUCUUUAUAGAAGCCAUAGAAAUAUUCAAUCAAAAUUAUGUCGCCUGCAAAAUUUAUUGAAAAAUGAACGUGCUCAAUUAAAUUCUUUGAAAGAUUUAUAUAAUCAGGGUAGAUUUAAAUUCAUUGAGGAAAAUUUGAAUGAUUUCACCAAAAGUUUCUUAAACAGUCAACUCCAAAAUGUUAAUAUACCCCCUACUGGUCGCAGGUGGACAGUAAAGGGUAAAGCUUUUGCUCUCUCGAUAUUCAAAAGAAGCCCCAGGCUAUAUAGAUACCUACGCGCUUUUUUUCAGUUACCAUCCCCUCGUACCCUUCAAACCCUCCUGUCGCAUAUUCCUUUUGAAUGUGGAGUUUUGGUUCCUGUUUUAGAGUACUUAAAACUUCAAACUGAAGAAAUGACGGAGCUAGAACGUAACUGCGCCCUAAUCUUUGAUGAAAUAUCUCUCAGUAGUGGCUUCUCUUAUGAGAGCCAUAAACAGAGGAUUUCUGGUUUUGAAGAUUUGGGUCAGUUAGGUAGAACAUCAAACCAAGCAAAUCAUGCUCUAGUCUUCAUGAUACGGGGAAUCAAAAAAAAUUUCAAAAUACCAGUAGCUUACUAUUUUGUCAAGGAUACUGUAAAAUCGACAGAUUUGAAGAACUUGAUAAUAUUAGUAAUAGAAAAAUUGCAAAUGGUGGGGAUAAAGAUUUGUGCCACAGUUUGUGAUCAAGGCAGUACCAAUAGAGGUGCCCUAAGUUCCUUGGUUGCAGACUGCACAAAUAAGAAACCUUCGCCCUAUCAUUUUGUUGUGAAUGGGCAAACUAUCUUUACAAUUUUUGAUGUUCCCCAUCUUUUAAAAAAUACUAGGAAUGCACUCAUCAAGUGCAAAAUAGAAUUUCGACAAGGAAAGUUUGCGAGUAUGGAACACAUCAAGCAAGCUUUCCUUUCAGACAAGAUGAGCCGGACGUAUAAAUUAUUGAAUAAAUUAAAUGAUAAUCAUUUCAAUUUUAACGAUACAUACAUGAAAAUGAAGGUGAAUGUGGCUGCCCGACAACUAAGCCACACAAUGGCAGCAGCCAUUGAGACUUUUCAUGCGUGUGGGGAGUUGAAGCCUGAUGCAUUGGGAACUGCAGAAUUUUGCCACAUUAUUGAUAAUUUAUUUGAUUCUCUUAAUAGUUCUCAAUUCAAUAAUUUUGAAGGAAAGAAGUUUAGGUCUGCAUUAUCUGUAAAUUCACCUCAUUUAAAGUUUUGGUCUGAAAUUUUGCCACAAAUCAGUAACUGGAAAGUUUUGGAAAAUGGGAUAUACAAAAAUAAUUUUAAAUUCAUUGAGGGUUGGCAAACAACUAUAAGGUCGGUGAUGGCUCUUUGGCAAAAUUUGCGUGCGGAAGGGCUGCUAUUUCUAAAUCUUAGAAAUCUUAAUCAAGAUCCCAUAGAAAAUCUUUUCGGUCAAAUAAGGCAACAUGGUUGUUCGAACACUAACCCAACAUGUUCACAAUUUGUUGCAGCCCUUAAAACGGUUAUUGUUAAUAAUUUGAGCACACCUGUUUCAAAGACUUAUAAUUGCGAAGAUGAUUUCUGUGAAGCGUUGGGUAAUUUUGGAGAUUUUAUAAAAAAAUUCACUAGAAACGAAGUAGCAGGUGAAGAUGAUAUUGAUCUUUCCAGUAAUAUCAUCACAGAUGAUGCAGAUGAUGACGAUGAAUUAGAUAAUUUUGCUGAGCAGAAUUACGCCACUUCUAAUGUAGCAGGCUACAUCUUGAAGAAAUUGAAAUUAGAUUGUCCUGAAUGUAGGGCUAACUUAUUUUCAGAGCCUUCAUUAAAUGUUCAUUUAUUCGUUAGUUUUAAAGAGUAUGACGAAAAGCAGAGAUUAAAUUAUGCAAGCGAGCGGUUGAUUCAAUUUUUAGACGAUAUUCAUUCAAAAUUAUAUAAGUUUUUAGAUCAGCACGGUUUUUGUAACAAUUUAGAAAAUAAAUUUUUUGAAUCAUUCAGUGAAGAAUGUGAAAAGUUUAGUUUUUGUAGCGUUCACAAAAUUUCGAGAGAUAUCCUUAAAAUCAAUUUUAAAUUAACAAUUUAUAAAUAUUUAAGAGAAAGGAAUAUCAAAAACAAAUUGAUUAGUUCUGGCCAUUCCAAAAAAAUUAAAAUUUUUUCUUCAAGUAGAGUUCCAUAAUUAGGAUGAUACUGCUCGUUUUUUUUUUUUUCAUGCAUUGGAACAUAUCGAGACCAACCAAAGUAACUGUGAUGCAGCAGCCUAGUCUUACACCUUUACUACCAAUUGUGACACUACCUGUGAUAUUAAUGUGAUAUUGAUUAGUGCAAUUUGUAUUUUCUUUCGUUUUCUUAUUAUUAUCAUGGACACUAUUUUUGACACCUAACCUAACCGAUUGUGACUCCGAAUGUGUUGCAGCAGGCUAUUCUCUGCACCAUUCAAACCAAAAUAUUAUAUAAUACUGUGAUAUGUUAUUUUGAUUAGUGAAAUUGUGUUCAGUUUCUAAGAAUAUUAUUUAAGUUUUUUUUCACUACUUCUAAUUAGCAUAGACACCUGUACCUGACUGUGACUGUAUAUAAAUUGUAUAUAUUGACAAUUUUUUUGUGAGGAUUAUAUUUGCUUUUGUUUUUUGUUCAAGAAAUAUAUAUAUAUAUUUUUUAAUAGAAAAUUUUUAUCAAUGUUCUGUUUUUCUUUAUAUGAUAUUAAUUUAUUUUUUCGUUAUUACCUGAAAAAUAUUGAGAUAUUCUGAAUAUGUAUAACAAUAACUCGUAUGUUCUUCAUAUUUUGAGAUUACUUAUAUUCAAUAAAUCAAUUUUUUCAA